UUCUUCUCGCGUCAAAAACCUCCGUCUUGCCCAUACCCGCCCCCGUACCCUAUAAAAUGGAGGACCGGACGAGGCGAGGGGAUCAUCACAGCAGCUCAAGUCGGUUGCUCACUGGCGCCGGCGUCGAGAUAUUUUCCAGCCUUCUCGCGGACCUCGGCUAGUCGGCUCGGCGCUGCCGUGCACAGAGCCCAGCCUCGCAGCUGCCCCGCGCGCGGACAAGGGAGCAAGUCGGCGAGAGGAGUUGCGGCAGCUGCCGACUUUGCAAGGAGGCUGACCCCCCGGGCCCAGUGUCCGACGGUCCAUGUGCGUCGGCGGACGGCUGGCUCUCCUUUCCUCUCAUCAUCUUGGGCUGGUGAGAGCCUGAGAUUCCUUCUAAAUAAUUGGGCGACCGCGUCCGGGGUUGGUCGCCACCCUCUCCCCGUCUUCUCCCGGCCCAUUACGCGAAAGCAGAGGCGGGCAAGGAAGGAGCGAGCGCCGGAGAGCUUGGAACUGAGACUUGUGCCUGCGCGCUACCCGUUCAGCGAGUGAAGAUCGAAAUGGCGCGGAGAUCAGCUCAUGCCGCUCUCUGCUCACUUGCUCUGCUCCUCCUGCUUCCAGCCGCGUGGUCGGCGACGUUCACGAUGACCAACAACUGCGGCUACACGGUGUGGCCGGGCCUGCUGUCGGGCGCCGGCACGGCCCCGCUGUCCACGACGGGGUUCGCGCUGGCGCACGGCGCGUCGGCGACGGUGGACGCCCCCGCGAGCUGGUCGGGCCGCAUGUGGGCGCGCACGCUCUGCGCCACCGACGCCGCCACGGGCAAGUUCACCUGCGCCACGGGCGACUGCGGCUCCGGCAGCGUCCAGUGCGGCGGCGGCGGCGCCGCGCCGCCCGCCACGCUGGCCGAGUUCACGCUCGACGGCUCCGGCGGCCUCGACUUCUUCGACGUCAGCCUCGUCGACGGGUACAAUGUCCCGAUGCUCAUCGUCCCUCAGGGCGCGGGCGCCGCCGCCGCCGGCAGCAGCAACGGGUCAGCCGACUCCGGCAAGUGCAUGGCAACGGGCUGCCUCGUCGACCUCAACGGCGCGUGCCCGGCCGAUCUGAGGGUCAUGGCCACCGCGUCGGCGUCCACGGGCGCCGGCGGCGGCGGGGCCGUGGCGUGCCGCAGCGCAUGCGAGGCGUUCGGGACGCCGCAGUACUGCUGCAGCGGCGCCUACGGCAACCCCAACACGUGCAAACCGUCAACCUACUCCCAGUUCUUCAAGACGGCGUGCCCGCGCGCCUACAGCUACGCCUACGACGACUCCACCUCCACCUUCACCUGCGCCGCCGGCACCAGCUACGCCAUCACCUUCUGCCCGAGCACCACCAGCGGGAAGUACUCCGGCGAGAACCCGCAGGCCGCGGGCUUGCAGCCCUCGAACGGCAGCAUGGUCUACCUCGGCGGCGAUCAGCUCGCCACCGGCGACGCCCGCAUCGGCGCCGCCCGUUCCUCGCCGCUCGUCUUCGCGGCCGCCGCCCUCGCCGCCGUCGUGCUGCUCUGAGCCGGCCGGGCCGCCGCCGCUCCGUGUGAAAACGACUCGCCGCUGUACAGCAGCAGCGAGCGCACCCGCCACCCGCUGGCCUGGCUUGUGCUUGUCCGGCGCGCCGCUUCCGGCGUGACGGGGGCAGAGAUAAGAUUCGGGAGAAGAAAAUGGGGGGCUCGCCCGCCCUGUCCAUGAAAGGCUGACGACACGGCUAACCGAUCGAGAAAACAACGAUAUCUCCCCACACCGGACCGCAUCGCAGCUUUAAUUUCUACUAGUAAGGAGUAGCUUAUGUGGUAGGGUUUAGGAUAAUCAAAGCAUGUGAUGACCCCUUGCAUUCUUCCCCACGCUUCCUUCCUCGAUUCGUUGGCUGGGCCGAAACGAUGAAAUCUGACCGGUGUUCCUCGUGCUAUGGAUUACAGUGAUGAUGCUUAUUUUACCUUUUAA